AAUUGGAAUUCGACAGUCAUUUUAGCCAGUCGUGAAGUGUAUAGCAGCUAUUACAGUCUAUCGCGUUAAUUACUCUUUUAGGAGAGUUUUUCAGAAAGUUCUGCGUUUUGCAAGUAACUCAUUCCACUUUGGGUUUCACUUAAAUAUCAUACCCAAAAUAGUAGCUCUAUAAUGGCACCCGCAUACAAGCUGAAAUAUUUUCCUUCGAAAGCUUUGGGCGAACCGAUCCGUUUUCUGAUGAGCUAUGGAAACAUCGAAUUUGAAGAUGUCCGUUUGAUAAGAGAGGACUGGCCCCAGAUUAAACCGACCAUGCCCUUCGGUCAAGCUCCUGUGCUGGAAUUUAAAGGCAUAACGGCAUAUCAAAGUAUCGCCAUCUGUCGGUACCUGGCGAAACAGGUCAAGCUCACUGGAGCCAACGACCUCGAGGAUUGGGAAAUCGAUGCAAUCGUCGAUACCGUAAACGAUUUGAGAGGAAAAAUUGCCGAGUAUUUCUACGAAACCGAUGAGACGGUCAAAGAAACACGCAAGAAACCGGUCUUUGAGCAGACUAUCCCUUACUAUAUGGAACGCAUCGAGGCUAUCGCUAAGAAGAACAAUGGCCAUCUCGCAGCGGGCAAGCUCACGUGGGCCGAUCUGCACUUCGUCGGAAUUCUGGAUUACUUACGUUUUAUGGUCGGAAAGAACCUGAUAGAAGAUUAUCCGAGCCUUCAGGCCAUGGAGAAGACUGUUUUGAAUCUACCCGGAAUUAAGGAAUGGGUGGCUAAGCGUCCAGUUACAGUUGCAUAAGUGUUUUGCUGUAAUUAUGCUAGUGUAGAAUAAAAUCAUUUCAAAUU